CAGAAAGACUGCGAGCCGCGUAACGACUGACAAGUGCAGAGGGUGCAGGAAAACACCACACCCAGUUCAGCGCUUCCAUCCAAAGCUAUUCGUAUUUAUGGAAUCGGCUAAAAAAAUAUGAAGCGCGCAGUUGGCAGCCGGUGAUUUCUUAACAGAAAAUCAAUAAUUAUGAAUUUAAAUUGUUCAUUGCCGAAAGUGUUCUUCUGGCAUAAAUAAGCAAUAUCGCAUAUGGUUCCAGGCGACUGACUGCCCCUUCACCUUCUAAUCCUUCUCGUAAUUGACGUUUGAUUGGACGUGCCCGGCCAUGAGGAGAGCCACCCAGCCACCUGCCCGCUGCGUGGCCAUGCAUUAAGCAGGCGGAGCCACACAGAAGGCCCUCCCAGCGAAAAUCCGUAGCUCCCAAUCUCCCAGCCGGCCUUCCACGCACCUCCACUAAGUCCCAAUCAGCCCCAACUCACCCAGCGCACAACACACACAUGACCGCGUCAAAAGCGGCGAAACGAACGUGACACAUGGCGAUGUACUUUUAUGCCAGUAAGAUAUCUGCCAUCGCCUGCGGGACGCGCUGCCGCCAGACCGUGCUGCAGAAGUCGCGCGGGCAGCGCGAUCGCGACAAAUGUCGCCAACACCACCACCGUCGGCACCACCGUCGGCGCUGUCAAAUUAGCAGCGGCAGCAGCUCCGACAGCGAGUCUGCGGAUGAUUGCUUUCCCGAAAGUGACCAAAUGGCAGGAGGUUUAGAAACGGACCCAGAAGGCGGGCCAGGAGUGCAUCCCCUUCCCACCGAUGGCGGAAUAUUCUCGCUGGACCCGGGACAUUUGGCAGCGGAGUCGGCGCUCCUCGGGAGCGGUGGCAUUCGCUACAGACGACGGCACAGCGCCGAGCAGUUGAGUGCCCACGACCUGGAAAUGGGGUUUCAGCAAAUCGAGCUUGGCACUAUAAAGUCGGUUGGAUCGAGAAAGGAUGACACUGUUCAGUAUGAUGUGCCCAAAAAUCCACACAAACGCAGCCAAUGUGAUAUUAAUUUCGAGAGCUCAGUAUUGGGGUCCGGAGGCAUUUUAUACAUAAAUGGUAAAGUAGUUUCUGGGCCACUGGACUCCCUGAUUGAAUCGCUUUUGCCCAAAAAUGCCAUCGACUUAGAUAAGGAAUUUGUAUUCUCGUUUUUACUGACGUCCCGCCUGUUCCUGCGACCCCACGAACUUUUGGCCAAACUCCUGGACUCGGUACCUGAAAGCGAAUGCUUAGAAUCAUUAGUUGCCCUGCUGUCCGAGUGGGCCACCAAGUUCCCCUACGACUACCGGGAUGAGCGGAUGAUGAGCCAUGUCAAACAUAUCGUUGCCAGAUGUUCCAAUUCGCAUUUGGAAGCCGUUGUCUCCCAAACACUGAGUGCCUUACUAAAACGUUUGACUGAUUUAGAGAGACACGAGGCGGACCUCCGAGCCUGCCAGACCAAUGACAAGUCUGUAGGCGACACUCCACUCAAUUGUCCGACGGCCACGCAGUACGCACAAAUAGUAUGCCGGCUGGAGAAAAAACUGGCCAAGCACAUCGGUGGAGAGGAGUUCCUCCAGUGCAGCAGCAUGAUUCUGCUCGACAAGCAGAAGAAAUGGGACCAACCAUCCUCGUCGGGCGGACCGCCAGGAGCCCAGGAUCCAAAGAAGACGUGCAACCUGGAGACCUACCUGGAUUGGUCGGCACGUCUGCGUCUGUUUGUCUGCAAUGAGAUACUGCAGAGCGGCGGCAUCGAGCAGCGCAGCCGAACCGUGGAACUCUGGAGCGGGGUGGCCCAGUACUGCCUUCUGGUGGGUAACUACAACAGCGCGACUGCCAUUCUGGAGUCCCUGGAAUCCCCGGCCAUAGCCCGGCUUAAAAUAACGUGGAGCAAAUUGCAAGUGACGUGCCAACAAUUGGACUGCAUGCAGCGCCACGCCGAAGGCCAUGGGCAUUUGUGGCAGAAGCAGGCCAUCGUCUUAAACGAGCACCAGGAAGGACUCAAGACUGAUAAGCAGGCCAAGGGGCGACCAGGACCUCUGGAGGGAGGGCAGGCCGAGGCGGGGGUAGCUGUGCCCGCAACAAAGGCCACUGGUGCCUCGGCAUCCGAUGAAAAGCCCUCGACCAGUGGGCGAAUAGUUGGCGUAGCAGAACCUGUGGCAGCUUCAAUAGAAAUGGCUUCCAUUCCUGCGACUAGUGGCAAUAAUGCCGGGGAGGCAACAACAGCAUCGGGAACUCCUGUGGCAGCAGCAACAUCUAACGCGGCAACAGCCGCUAUUUCAGCCACACCAUUAGCAGCGAGUGGCAAGCCCAAUGAUUGGGUUGUUAUUCCGGUGUUUGCGGAUAUUGUUAAGCUGGCCCUGGGCGAGCGGGAGAACUGUUUGCAGCGCUUAGCAAAUGGCCACAUCAAUAUGGCGGCCUUCGAUCGCAUGGCGGCCAUUGUUGGGGCAUUCACCAAGCACAUGCAGGCGGUGAAGGCGGCACAGGCGCCAUCUACCGGGGAGUAUGAGCGCUUCUGCUGGCACAUGCAGCAAACAACAAAACUUGGCGAGGCGGAAUUAAUGAUGGCUUCAUUCGACUGCGAGGAACCCAACAAUGCCGAGAAGCUGAUGUACGACUUGAACUAGUCAACCAGGAU